UAUAUAAAAAUGAGCGUGUAGGAACUUUUUGCAAAGCAGAGGUCCUGUUUGCCGAUCGGUGAAAUCGUUUUAAGGAAACCUGCGGAAAUGAGCGUAUUUUUGCCUUCGAUGGAGAGUAGUUGAGGCUGUUAGGUUGUUUGCCGGAAAUCGUACACAAAAUGAAUCCAAAAAAUUGCUGCCGGCUUUGCCUGGCGCCGGAAACAGAAUGUGUCCAUAUUUUCAAUAAUUUUGCGGCGGACAAACAACGUUUAGACAAAAAAAUAUACUCGUGUGUCCAUUUACAAGUUGUUCCGGAAGACAGCUUAUCUGCUAACAUUUGCCAUGCUUGUAUAAGCUACCUUAAUUCAUGGCAAAGUUUUAAAAAUCGUUGCGACGCGGCUGACCGAAAACUUCGCAAUAAUAGCAACCAAGAUGUCUCCAGCAGAGAAUGUUCCUCGGAAUGUACGGCUUCCAACUUGGAUCAGGUAAAAAAAAUUGGUGCUAAUUGCGCACUGGAGAACGGAUCUGCCAAGGAAAAAAAUGGCGUCAAUUCUGAUACCAUUCAGCAGCUAGAAAAGCUGAGAGAAAACGGCAUUAAUAUUAUAUUAGCAUCUGCCAAUUCUAUAAAAUCAAAAGUUGAACUGGAUCCAAUCAAAAAUGAACCGCAAUCGGAAGGUGAAAAUGAGGAGCGUGAUGCGGUCCAGGAACUAGAUUCUUCUCAAUUUUUUGCGGAAUCCCUCGAUACCAACAGUAAAGAUCUAGGCAACAGUUUCGAUGUAGACUAUAAAAGUACUGUACAAGGUUGUCUGAAGACAUUAUUCGAGAGCGAGAGAGAUCAACGCCAGCAAAUAGCCGCGUGUUCAGUGUGCGAUAUAACCUUUUCCAAUCGAGCCAACGCUCGUCGUCAUGAGCGCAACAUCCAUGGCUUGGUUCAAAUCCAGCACAACGAAGGUGAAGAAACGGCCAGUAUUUGCACUUCGACUGGUAUACCAAGAAUCGAUCUCAAGCAAAAGAUAAAAAUGAGACUGAAAUCUCAAAACGAGUCGUACGAUUACAGCAACCCGAUUAAGUAUAGCCAUCUUGUCACACCAAACAAACUGGCCUUCAUCCUGAACAAUGCAGAAUUCCUGCAGCAGGCACAACUCAUGAGCUGCAACUGUUGUAAUAAACGAUAUCCAUCCUACAAGUAUUUUAUGAGUCAUAUGCGUAAAAAAUAUCGUAAUUUGCCAAGAAAUGUGUGCUUCAAGUGUUUGAGGCAAUUUGGAAGUAAGGGACAGUUCAUCGGACAUUUGAAACGAAAAAGUUGUAUCAACUUGUAUGCAGUGGUUAUGGCGGAUGAAUCCUUAUCUAGAAUGGCUUCUGAAAAAGUAAAAAGUAUAGAUCCUUUUACCGACGAAGCCGCCAACAAUAAAAGCUAUGGUUGCAAAAUUUGUAACCAAGAGUUCAAACAGAAGAUCAACCUCCAUCAACACAUCUUGGAGAGUCAUCCCGAGGUUGAAAGGAACAAGGCAAGUUCUUCGUCUUCCUGUAAAUCAUGUCAACAAACUUUCGACAAUCCCGGUCUGCUUGGAGAGCAUUUAAAAAAUUACGAUUGUAUAAUUUUUAUUCUAUGCUGUUCGUGUGGAGAACGUUUCGAUAAUAAUUCAAAACAUGUUGAUCACGUUCAUCAGUGCCGUUUGCUUUCACAAACAGUAGGACAAGAUGAAUACGGAUAUGAUGUGUUUGAUCAGGAAGGCGUAACGUCGUCUUCCCAAUUGCGGAAUCCUCAGAAUUGCCCAGUUUGCAAUAAACAAUACAAUAAUUAUUAUAACGUAUUGCGUCAUAUGGAAGCAAAACAUCCUAAUCAGUUGCCUCAAAUCUAUCAGUGCUGUAAAUGUUCUGAAGGAUUUCCCAGGCAAACGGAGCUACGAGAUCAUAUGCAAAGCACACAUGGUGAAAGUGCUUCAAGACAUUCAAAGCAACAGAGUUCCGUUCAGGAACAGGUUUUAACGGGCAAUAAAACACGUUUCAGUUGCAUGGAGUGCGAUAAACCAUUUUCUCAAAUGGGAGAUUGGAUUGAUCAUCAACAUUUAGAACAUGGUAGUUUUAUAUGUUUAAAGUGUGACUUCCGUUGUAACACCCGGGAUCCGUUUAUCAAACAUUGUUUUAAAGACCAUAAUAAUUUCACUCCUGUUACAAAGGUGCAGCUCUAUUCCUGUCAGCAAUGUUCAAACACCUACAGUUCUAUUGACGCUUUGCAAGGACACAUAAAGGGACAACACACAACGAAGGUCGACGAUGUGAUAAACCAAAAAAACGAAGAAAAAGAUUUGGUGAAAGUAUCCAAUUCAUCAACCGGCAGUGGUUUAGAUGAAAAUAACAGCAUGGCUGUACAUCGUAAAACUCUCAACUGUGGGUUGUGUGAUUUUGUUUUGACAGAUAUCGAUGCUCUUCGUCAGCACAUGAGCGAAAUUCAUGGAAUGGAUAAAAAGUUCUUCUACUGCAAUCAGUGUAAUGCGAAGUUUAUGAACGAUAAAGGCCUUCGUGUUCAUUUGUUCCGCCAACAUGGUAUCCGUGAUGAUAUACACGCCAAUAAUUUAGGUAUAUCCUUACUGAACCCAUUAACUUUCAUACAUCAGGGUGCACUAAUAGCUGACGAAACGGUAGGGAUCGAUAGUGCUCCAGCAGCAUUCGAAUGUCAAGUGUGCCAUACAGUGUAUAUGACGAACGAAGACUUAAAUACUCACACUCAAGCCGUUCACAGCAAUUUGGAGAGACUGCCGGAAACCAGCGCACCACAAAUUCAGUUAUGGUUUCAAUGUCGCUAUUGUUCCGAAUGCUUCAACACCAGUAAAAGACUCAGUAUGCAUAUGAAUACGCACGAAGAAUAUGAUCAAACCGACCAUUCUUGUAAAGAUUGUGGAGGUGUUUAUAGUACUAAAAAAUCUCUCUGGGUCCACCGGUACAAAAAACAUCCUAAAGUACCGAACCCAUCAAGCUGCGAAUUGUGUUCAAAAACGUUUUUCGAUAAAACAGAGCUGUCCUAUCAUUCCUUACAUGCGCAUAGCGAAACAACUGUCGGUAGUAGGAAUGCAGACAAUUUACGUAUCUCUUCUCUCGACGGUGGUCAAUCAUCACGUGCUCCUCCAGGCCGGACUCAAGAGGAAGCUACCUAUCAGUGCGAUAUGUGUCAAAAGACUUUUCAUAUUCUGAACGCUUUGCAAGUGCAUAGGGGCUGGCACUUUCGGUCACCAGAUGGAAGAAAGGUUCGCAAUCCAAUUGACAUAUGGCAACCAGAUCAAUUAGCCCCGAGUAAAGUAAAGCGGCUGUCACAAUCUCAUCGCUCGCCGUCUACUUACGCUAUAGCAGCUGUUGAUAAAAGUCAUAAGCACGCGGAGGCUGAAGUACAACUUAACGUUAAGCAGUUGAGUGGUUCUGAAUUGCCAAAUAAUAACAAAUUGAACGAGCGGUCUGAUAUGCAAAAAGCGAUUGAAGAGAAAAAUUUCAGUAUGAAAACUGAGCAAAGGAACGUAAACGAGUUUGAAGAUACAGAUGAAACUAAGUCAAAGUUCGCAGAACACAACCACAUGGAAAGCGCGGUUUGCUCGAAGAGUGAGGUUGCAAAUAUUUCACAAUACUCUUGUGAGUUGUGUCUAUUACAUUUUACAUCGGCAAAUGCACUUCGACAACACGUGUCAGAACAUUUCGUCAACGGUGGAUUUGAGGCCAGUAUUCAAGUGUCCAACAAAGCGAAAGAACACAGAAGCAGUCCUACAGAUUCAACAAGCUCGAGCAUUGGAAGUAGCAGCAGUGACACGUCUAGUAGCGAAGACACAUGUGAUACUGAGAAAAAGGUUGAGCAUCAUAAUGCUAACGUACGUUACAAUCCCAAUACGUAGGUGACUCUUAAAAGUCUUCACGGAAAUAAAAUAUUACUAGGUUGGUACCCA